AUGGCUCUCAGGUAUAGAAUUUACAACUACGAGGAGUAUCUACUUGUUAGAGAGCGAGAAGAGGACGGACUUUCUGACGGCCCUGCUGGUUCUGGAGUAGGACUGACUCUGCGGCGCGGCCUCUCUGGAGGCGGCGGAGUUAUCGGUGGCGGUGGAGCUGGGGGUAGCGGAGACAAUGAUGGCACUCAUCUGUCUACCGGCAUGGCCACCCUGCUGCGCGACCAAGAUAAGAUGGAUCGCUUAAGAAGGAAACUUCAUACUGACGACGAUCGUAAAUGCCUUUGCUAUCUUUUGUAA